CAAUUGCAGUGCGCACACACUUCCCGGUGGAGCUGCUCCUGCGAAGAAUAAAAAUACACUCCUAGCAAGCCAGCUAGACGAGUUGUGAAAAAGUUAUGUCUGGCUGUCAAGUGGAUAGAGAGAGACUAUUUUUAAAAAUGGACGUUAUUCCUCGUUUUUCCGUACAUUAAUAGCAGAAACUAUCCCCAUGUCCAGAGAGCCGGCACUGGUGACAAGUCAACUGCGAAGGUAAGUUACUAGCUGUCGUUAGCUAGUAAUGUCUCUAACGUUACCAUCUGCCGAUAUACUUGAAACACCUCCUGGAUAUCCGUUUGAAGAAAUCAACUAUGAAGAUAUUGAAGUUGAGGAGGUGGUGGGAAGAGGAGCUUUUGGAGUUGUUUGCAAAGCCAAAUGGAAAGGGAACGAUGUUGCAAUCAAGACCAUUGAAAGUGAAUCGGAGAGGAAAGCCUUUAUUGUUGAGCUCCGGCAGCUUUCACGUGUGAAUCAUCCCAACAUUGUGAAGUUGUAUGGCUCUUGCAAUAAUCCAGUCUGCCUUGUGAUGGAAUAUGCUGAAGGCGGGUCAUUGUACAAUGUGCUGCAUGGUGCUGAACCCCUCCCCUAUUACACUGCUUCCCAUGCCAUGAGCUGGUGUUUUCAGUGUUCCCAGGGCGUGGCCUAUCUCCAUGGCAUGAAACCAAAGGCUCUCAUUCACAGGGACCUCAAGCCACCCAAUCUGCUUCUAGUAGCAGGCGGCACUGUGCUGAAGAUAUGUGACUUUGGUACAGCAUGCGACAUUCAGACCCACAUGACCAACAACAAAGGAAGUGCAGCCUGGAUGGCCCCAGAGGUAUUUGAAGGUAGCAAUUACAGCGAGAAGUGUGAUGUGUUCAGCUGGGGGAUCAUUCUCUGGGAAGUGAUCACGCGCAGGAAGCCCUUUGAUGAAAUUGGAGGACCAGCUUUUCGCAUUAUGUGGGCUGUGCACAACGGCACAAGACCUCCUUUAAUCAAAAAUUUGCCCAAGCCCAUUGAGAGUCUGAUGACUCGCUGCUGGUCUAAAGACCCCUCUCAGAGGCCGUCCAUGGAGGAGAUAGUGAAGAUCAUGACUCAUCUAAUGAAGUACUUCCCAGAAUCUGAUGAACCCCUGCAAUAUCCAUACCAGUAUUCAGAUGACGGACAGAGCAACUCUGCAACUAGUACAGGUUCAUAUGUGGACUACACUGGCACCAGCACAAGCAACAAAAGUGACGCAAACAUGGAGAACAGUGAUUCUCAAGGGAGCAACGACACUAUCAAGAUUACACCUCAGUUUGCUCCUUACUUCAAGCCAAAGGCAGACCCAUUGAGGACUCUACCUCUGUCCAGGGGGGGCAGUGUUGAGAGUCUGCCUGCACGAACACAGUGCCCGGCGUCAUCUGAGAGCAAAAGAAUGAGUGCUGACCUUUCGGAGCUUGAGACAAAGUUGCCAUUUGCACCUGCAGCACGUCCCCAGUAUAAACGAGGCCACCGUAAAACGGCGUCAUUCGGCACCAUUCUGGAUGUCCCCAAGAUCAUCGUCACAGCCACAUGCGAGCCUCAGAGACGUCGAUCCGUGCAGGAUCUGCCAGGCAUCGGCACAGAGUCCAGCCAGGGGAGCAGGAACAGCAGCCGGUCCUCCAGUCCUAGUGUGAGGAUGAUGCCCCCUGAUAAGACGAGCAGCAGAGGUUACUUCUCCCCUGAUGACCCCACAGACACCAACGGCUCAGACAACUCCAUUCCCAUGGCUUAUCUGACCCUGGAUCACCAGCUGCAGCCUCUCGCUCCCUGUCCCAACUCCAAAGAAUCCAUGGCCGUGUUUGAGCAGCACUGCAAGAUGGCCCAAGAAUACCUAAAAGUGCAAACAGAGAUUGCCCUGCUGAUCCAGAGAAAGAAGGAGCUCAUUGCUGAACUGGACCAAGAUGAGAAGGAUCAGCAGAACACGUCCCGUCUGGUGCAGGAGCACAAAAAGCUGCUGGAGGAGAACAAGAGUCUGUCAACAUACUACCAGAAGAGCAAAAAACAGCUGGAGCUGAUCCGGGUCCAGCAACAGAAGAGACAGGGCACGUCGUGAUGAGACGGAGACAUUUGAACUGCUACCAUCCCCUCCCUGCCCCCCCCUCCUCACCCCAGUGUUAUAACACUACCCACUCUCAUGCACCACACACACACACACACACACACACACACACACACACACACACACACACACACACACUGUUACUAGUCUGGCUUUGUAAAGAGACCUGCAUUCUACUGUGUCCUGCAUGUUGCAUUGUAGGCCCUUACUUCUGUGCAGCAGGAAGGUGACGUCCUCUGUACAUUUGCACAUCCUCACAGUGUGUUCUGUGAGCGCAGACCAAACAAUCACUGCACCAGAGCCUGCUGCUGUGCCCGGGAUGGACCAUUUUCUUCAGCAGCUGUGUGUCCUCUGGGUGUGAAGGCGGGCCCAUGAGUGCUUCUCUAUACGUUUGCUCUCAGGGCCUCUGGGCUGCCCGCUCAGUGUGUGUCCUCUCGUCUGCAGCUGACAGCCGCGCCGUCCUCCACAAUGUGAAAACCAAGACAAAGGCUUUUCUGCAAAAAAGUGUGAAUCGUAUGCACAAAUAGAGAUCGACGAGGAUGAUUGAAAGCUGUUGUGUAGUGCGUGCGUGGAUUCCCUGUUAUGCAAACCACACACCCCUUAAAUCAAGGUAUUUAUCUCCAACCUCUCCCUUUUCUAAUUGUGAGCAUGUCUUCAGAGAGGGAUGUCCUUCAUGUCAGACGUCACUGACACUGAGGAAUAUGUCGAGGCUUGUGUAAACCUGGAUGCAGCAUUAAUAAUCUGCUCCUCAUGCCGCAGAUACAGGGAGCUGUGGAUUCCCCUUUUAUUUGGACUUCAUUGUUGUUUUUGCGUGUAGAUGUUUUCGUCUUUUCUAUUCAAUAGUUCACUUUGUAUGAUAGCUCUUGUGUCAUUUUUGCAUUAGGAAAUAUGUUAUCUGGUCUGGGAAUGCCCUUGUGGACAAAAUGGAGGAUCCUAUUCCUCCCGACAGUAUCUAGUUUGUUUUUAGUUCACAUGUUGCCUUAGAAGUUGCCUGCAUUUUAAGUGCUUGUUUUACGUGACAUUUAGUGGGGGGGGGGAUAAAAGCUCAAAGAAGAGGAUGUUUUGUAAUGUAAUGGACAUGAAUGAAAUGAUUUCCGGAGGGAGUGAGAAGGAUCUAUGACAGUAAGCUGAUAUGUAAAUGUUUCCCACCAGCUUUACAUCCAAAACAUGAACUGUACUCUAAAAGAAUGUGUUUUUGUUUUUUUCUUAGUCUCAUAUCCCUCAAGUACUUUUGCACAAUCAAUUUUAUUUUGUCAUGUACACAUUUUAUUUCUCAUUUAAACAAAUCCGAUUUUAAAAUGUUGAGACUUGAUGAGUCUUCCUUUUUAAAUGUUACUGUUCAGGAGUGAAUGUUCACUGGGUCUCUUCGUGAGUUUUCUGUUCACUGAUUAAUUUAACACACACACACACACACACACACACACACACACACACACACACACACUAUAUGACGGUGAGCAAGGCAUUAUAAAAUAAACUGAAUGGUGAAGAUA